GUCACGGCGCUACGUUUGCGUUCACCACAGGAGAUACGAGGCCUGUGACAAGCUUCUGCGACGGUGGUCCGCUCUUAAAAUCCACCUCCAUCUUCUAUAUACUUGGGGAAAAUGGUGACCAAACCGAUAAGAGCAUAAUCUACAGACUCUAAGCUUUCGCCUGAUCACAAUAUUGUGACAUUUCGGACUUUUAUAUAUUAGAAAAGGAAUGGUGAAAAGUGAACUCCGUCGGAAGAAUCCGAAUUCUCCUCAGGGAUUCGGGGGGGUUGGGGUCGCUUAAAGAUAAAUAGGAUCGUAGCCGUUAAAUAACGCGUAAAAAUAUUAGCGUAAACCCAGAUUUAAAGGCCGACGGAAUCUGGUUUAAUAGAAAUUAGCUGAAAUACAAUCGAGUGACUCGUUCGAGAGAAACCAGUAAACACAGCGAUGGAGCUACGAGUUGGAAACAGAUACAGACUGGGUAGAAAAAUUGGAAGUGGAUCAUUUGGAGACAUUUAUCUGGGCACAGACAUUUCAGUUGGAGAGGAAGUGGCCAUCAAACUUGAAUGUGUGAAGACGAAGCACCCACAACUCCACAUCGAGAGCAAGAUUUACAAGAUGAUGCAGGGUGGAGUUGGUAUUCCUACUAUAAAGUGGUGUGGUGCAGAAGGAGAUUAUAACGUGAUGGUGAUGGAGUUGCUCGGCCCCAGUCUGGAGGAUCUCUUCAACUUCUGCUCCAGGAAGUUCAGCCUGAAGACUGUCCUGCUGUUGGCUGAUCAGAUGAUUAGCCGCAUCGAGUACAUCCACUCCAAGAACUUCAUUCACAGAGACGUGAAGCCUGAUAACUUUCUGAUGGGCUUGGGAAAGAAAGGCAACCUGGUCUACAUCAUUGACUUUGGCCUGGCCAAGAAAUACCGUGAUGCACGAACACACCAGCACAUACCCUAUCGCGAGAACAAGAACCUGACGGGCACUUACACUGCACGUUACGCAUCCAUCAACACACAUCUUGGCAUUGAGCAGUCUCGGCGGGAUGACCUGGAGUCUCUCGGUUAUGUACUGAUGUACUUCAACUUGGGCUCACUCCCUUGGCAGGGACUGAAAGCCGCCACCAAAAGACAGAAGUAUGAGCGUAUCAGUGAAAAGAAGAUGUCCACCCCCAUUGAAGUUCUCUGCAAGGGCUACCCAUCUGAAUUUGCUACGUACCUCAACUUUUGCCGAUCACUGCGAUUUGAUGACAAGCCAGACUACUCGUACUUGAGGCAACUCUUCAGGAAUCUGUUCCACAGACAAGCUUCCUAUGACUACGUGUUUGAUUGGAACAUGCUCAAAUUUGGUGCCAACCGUACAGCAGAAGAGGCAGAACGUGAGAGGAGAGAGCGAGAUGAGCGGAUGAGGCACAGCAGGAAUCCUGCAGCUCGAGGGAUCCCAGCAGCCUCAGGCAGACCCCGCCCCACACAGGACGGAGCUCCUCCCACCCCCCUCACACCCACCUCUCACACAGCGAACACAUCCUCACCGAGACCGGUCACUGGCAUGGAGCGCGAACGUAAGGUCAGCAUGCGGCUUCAUCGUGGCGCCCCAGUGAACGUGUCGUCCUCAGACCUGACGGGGCGACAAGACACUUCCCGCAUGUCCACAUCACAGAAUAGCAUUCCCUUCGAACACCACGGCAAGUAGUUGAUCGUCACAUCCUUGUGUGAAGGCAGGUGCACCAGAUUGUCUCCAUGUCCCAGAAGCCUCCACUUUGCAGUAUGGAGCAGGAUGGGCAACCUAACUACACACGGCUGAUUGACAGCUCUCCACCAUCAGCUAAUAGACCAGGCGACAGAGUCUCUCUUCUAUUGACCAAACCAAAAUGGUGUAGAACCAACCUGACCUCUUCGCUCACAGGCUCUCUCUCCUCUUCUUCUCUCUCAUGUUCUCAUAUUUUCUCUCCCACACUCUUUAAAUGUUCUCGUGGACAUGAGAGCUGCAGCCUGGUGCGAAUUCACCACCAGUUGGUUGACCAAUCAGAGACUGGAUCAGCCAGCCACACCAUUGUCAUUUCCUGCUUUCCCUUCAC